UUACAAGCAGGACUGGGCUCAUAGUGGCUCAUUGAGGCUGGCUGAAAACAGCUGCCCAAAGUGACACCUGGUGUCACAUGACUGUCUUAAGGAAGCCAGUGUUCUACUGAAAUAUUGUCCUUUAAAACAUGUUCUGGCAAAACAAGAUCCAGUCAGAAACCGUGGUUUGACUGUGAAGUCUUAAAGCAGGUCGAACCAGGUCAAAGGGUUUAAGUUAUUGUUACAAGGAAAUGGGUCAGAUUAUUGCGUUCAUUACUGUGGUGAGGUCAUGAACAUGCACAAUCAUCCUCACAUGGCCUGUGUCAGCAGCAAAACGAUGCCUAAUAGACUGAGCCUCUGUAAUACUUUCUGUCUUUCUCUUGAGGCUCAACUCUUAAUCUAACAUGCAGGUUUACCAGCCUCCAUUUAUAAUAUGCUUUGGGGUCGGACAUGGAUCAAAGUAGUGCAUACUAUAUGUGUACAUCAAUCCAUCAGGCCCAUUAUCUUCUACUUAAAAGGGAAAUCCUUAUAGUUUUGAUUGCCAGUGCUGACACAGCAGCACAGAAACUAAAACUUGGAGGUGAUCUGAAGACUGAAGUUACCGGAUAUUUAAACCGAAACCCACAGAAGGGGUGCCAGGCUUUAAUGAAAAGUUUACAUACUGUGCAACAGUGCAGUUACAACAUCCGGUUCCCCAUUGACUUCAGUGUAAAACUCAGUGCCUGAUAAUGUCACAUAUUUAUACAUACACAAAACAACCCGUCAAUCCUUUUCCACCCUGUAGGACACUCUGGAAAUUGGGUGAAUUGUUAUGUCUUUGCCCAGGAGAGCAGACGAUAUCCUGGAAUUUGAUCCUUUUUCCGUAACUAGCACCAUCCAUGUCUGGUUUAUUAUUCUACAGCACUCUUACUCAGUCCUGAAGCUGGACACGCCUCUUGCUUUUUAGCCCGGUAAGCUGUUCCUGCUCAUCCCAUUUGAACCCAGUAUCCCAGCAUGCAUUUAAGCCAUGACAUUUUGGAUCAAUUUUAGUCAAAAUAAUAUCCUCUUAGGACUGAUGUCCCAAAAGUGUGACUGGAUGCACUGAUGUCUCUUUUAAACACCAAAGCCUCAAGGGCUAACUUAAACGUAAUGAACAGCAGAUUGAUAGUAAUAUCCUUCCUCCCUUAUUAUUAUCACACUUGUUGUGUUGUUUUUGUUUUUUGGCAGUUGUUGAUUUGUUGUCAGUUAGUCAGGCUAACAACAUCGGUAUGCGUUGUUGGCCCUUUUGUCUGUGAAGAUGUCUGUAGUGUUAGGAAGGUAGAAAAAUAAGCUGAUACAAAGAUGGUGACAGUAGACUUACUGCAGAGCAGGGCACUCACAAGGUCCAUAUCUUGGGCAAGUUUCUCCCAUACUGGUAUGAAAGUAACUUACUGGGCAUUUUGCGUGAAUGAUGACAUUCGUGUGUUAAAGCAGUUUGAGUAGUCAGAAGACUAGAAAAGAGACAUACAAAUACAGUCCAUUUUCUUUUUUGUAGUUUGUUUACUGUAAUUUCAAUCCAGAAUCUUUUCACGUGUGGAAUGAACACGCAAAGAGAUUGUGGCAAUUCAUUGUUGGCUGGCAUUCCAGUUUAUUGCCUCCCCUCCCAAGAUUUUCUUUGGUGCAGACCUCUCAUUCUGUUGGAGUAGGGAGAGCGUUCUUGAAUGGGCCAGUUCAUGACUGAGUCCCCCUCUGAAUCUGGCUGCCACGGCAGCAGUCACUGGGACUGUCUCGUGAGAGUCACACUGUGCUUCCACAGCUUCAUCCAGGAAGGAGAGCAAGGGAUGACUGAGGACAACGUUAGGUGGAUAACCACAUUGAAAACUUUUGUCCAAUGGGAGCCAGCGGCAGCAGGUUGUUUGGUACACUGGCCCAGUCCCUAAAGAGCGCCCCCUUGGACCAGUCUGAGCCGGACUCAGAGGAGAGCCCAGAACAGGAUGUGGUUGAGUGCGACCCGGACCAGCUGCUUAGAGAGUGUGUAGAGGCCCUGCGGAGCCGUCCGGCCAGGCCACAUCGGGAUCUGGUCCUUCCGAGCGGUGUGGCGCAUUGCCACCACAAGCCCAACCCACCCAUUCGGAUCAUGCAGUGGAAUAUACUCGCACAAGCUCUUGGUGAGGGGAAGGACAGUUUUGUUCGCUGUCCACUGGACGCUCUCAACUGGCAGGAGAGGAAGUACCUGAUCCUGGAAGAGAUCCUCACCUACCGCCCGGACGUUCUGUGCCUGCAGGAAGUGGACCACUACUACGACACCUUUCAGCCAAUCAUGGCCAGCCUCGGCUAUCAAGGCAGCUUCUUGGCCAAGCCGUGGUCUCCCUGUCUGGAUGUAGAGCAGAAUAACGGCCCUGACGGCUGCGCUCUGUUCUACCGCCGCUCGCGCUUCUCCCUCCAUGCCACAGCUCACCUGCGGCUGUCGGCCAUGAUGCUGCCCACCAACCAGGUGGCCAUCGUCCAGACGCUCCAGUGCCAGGAAACGGGCCGGAGGCUGUGUGUGGCCGUCACCCAUCUGAAAGCUCGUAGCGGUUGGGAGAGGCUCCGGAGUGCGCAGGGCGCCAACUUGCUGCAGAGUCUGCGUGGCAUAACUUUCCAAAGCGGCGGCAGCAGUUGUGACGAGGCGGCGCUGGGUGUCGUCCCUCUGGUGGUUUGUGGAGACUUCAACGCGGAGCCCUCGGAGGACGUCUACCGGCGGUUUAGCUCGUCCGCUCUCGGCCUCAACUCUGCGUACAAGCUGCUGAGCUCCAACGGAGAGACGGAGCCCGCUUACACGUCGUGGAAGAUCCGCCCCUCCGGAGAGAGCUGCAGCACUCUGGACUACAUCUGGUACAGCCACGAGGCUCUGAGCGUGCAGCGUCUGCUGGACAUCCCCACAGAGGAGCAGAUCGGCCCAGACCGCCUCCCCUCCUACCACUACCCCUCUGACCAUCUGUCGCUGCUGUGCGACAUCAGCUUCAGGGAGCAGCCCCAUUGGUUGAUGUAGGCCAACAUCACAGCAGCCCUGAACCAAUAGAAGCACUGAGUGAGAGGGCUGUUGAUCAAAGAGAAUCAUGGCGGGAAAACGAUUGGAUUGGUGAGAAUCAUGAGACAAAAAGCACUCUAGUGGUGCUAUUAAAUAAGAUCACUUCUGAUGAAACUACUUAAGCAAUAACUGGGACUUGAUUCAGAGGAGAAUGAGUCUCUUGGCCCCCAGUUUUCUUUCCCCCAACUUCUGAAAUGGCAGCUUUACUUUAACCAUUGCAAACCAACUCCGUAUUAUGUUAAUUUAUUACAUUGUUCUCUUUACUUCUUUCUCUGUUGGUUAACUAAUAAACAAUUCAUCUCAAAGUGUUUCAAGAUUUUUUUUGCAAUUUAUAUAUAUAAUUAUUAUUUUUAAACAGUUUUAUUCUUGCAAGUGUACUAGCUGGAUUACCUUCACUGAUGAGAAAUGUAAUUGAUCUUCAGUUCAUUCACUAGUAUGUUGCCACUCAGGCUGCUCUAUAAGU